AUGCUCUAACGGACUCUAACGCUGUCGAAAUGGUGUGGGAAUCAUCUUCGCAAACGGCACCCUACUCGCAACUGCGGACUCAAUCCUUGGUCAGCAUCCAUGAAGUCGACGGCAUGGGGGUCACAUGGUCUCCGACUGAAGAUCCCGUGUCACGGGAUGAACGGAGAGCAGCCCUGUCCUGGUUGCUGCAGAGCCCUGAUGCCGAGGUGCGAAACGUCUUGGGCAUUUUGGCGGAGCGAAAGUCCUGGCUGCUCAUGCAGGCCCUGGAUGACGUGAAGAAGGCGGGCGCCAGUCCCAGACCGCACGCGCCACGCGAACCGACCCCCAGGACACAUCAAUACUCCAAUCGCAGCUUGCUGGUGGCUCCGUCCACAAGUAUCAGGCGCACCGUAUUGGAUCCCACGGGCGGCUCGAUGAGCGACCAGGUGUCGCACAAACGCAGCGAGCCCAGCUGGGAGAACUGCACGGUGCAAUUUUCCUCGCCGGUCUACCUGGUGGGCGAAGAAUCGGAAGAGGUGGUUCUGGAUGUGAUCCGUGUGGGGCCAACCAACCGAAAGUGUGAGGUAGAAGUGCACACGGCCAGUGGCAGUGCCAAGGAGGGCGAAGAGUUCCGGGCAGAGCACCUGACUUUGUCCUUUGAGCCCGACGAGGUGUUGAAGUCGGUGCACGUGGAACUCUUUGACAACACUCGUUGGGAUACCCACAUGGAGUUUUCAGCCAAGCUGAUGAACCCCCUGGGCGCAGUUUUGGGAGAGUACCUCUCAGAAACACAUGUGCGCAUAAUCGACGACGACUGGUUCCCGUCCAAUCGCUUCAAAGAGGAGAUAGAGAACAAUGACUUCGAACAUGUGCGUGAGAAGCUCUUGACGGAUUACAUCUACCGGAACCUGAGCGAUCCGCUGAUUCGCAUCGGAACCAUCAAGAUGAUUCUGGUCGGGGCAUUCGACAGCUUUUUUAUGAUGUCCAAGCUCUUGGUUCAUCUCUACAUCCUGCAAUUCGUGGUGCGGGUGGACUUUCCUGAAACGGAGCUGCUUCUUGUGCAGGAUCGCCUGGGAAGUUUGUACCUUGCCAUGGCCUUCCUACUAAGCCUCUUCGGGGUGCAGCACUGGUUCCACUACAUCACCCCAACCUGGCGCGUGGCGGGCCUUUGUCGGCGAGUUUUGCAGCACGGCGUGCUUUCAGCUUUCCUGGUGUACAACGAGGAGUCGCGAAACCACGUCGACAAUGGUCAGAUCGUUAUGGCUAUGGUGUACGACGUACCCAACCUGGUCACGAACGGCUACAUGCACCUCGUGAACUUGAUGAACUCUGCCGGGAAGCUGCUGAUCAUUUUAGCCUUCCAAAUCUUCGUGCCGCCGCUCAUGGGAAAGCGGCCCACGCUGCUAGGCCUGGGUCCUGCCCUACUGAUCCCUGGUAUCACGUACAUUUUUCUCACCUUCCGUGCGCAGAGUCAAACGAAGAACCUGCGCGAGGCAGAGAACAAGGAAAGCGAACUGAUUUCGCAUGUCACGGAGACGGUUCGAACCUUCCGAUUGAUUUCGGAUUUUGGUAAGAGCUCCUCGGUGCUAGAAAAGUUUCUGGAGAAGAUUGGCGCCUACAAUGCCACAAUCCUUGCAAGCCUCCAACUGGGCGGCAACAAUGCGAAAUUCGUGGAGUGGUUGACGAUGCUGUCGAUUUCGCUGUACACCAUCUGGGGCGGUGUGGAGGUCAUCAACGGUGAGCUGGAGCUGGCUCUCUACGUGACCAACAUCGGCGUCUUCAACGCCGCAGGCGCCGCCGCCACCGAUUUGUGCCAUGUUCUGCUGGAAAUGCAAAAGGUAACGCCUUCUUUAGAACGCUUGGUGCGCUACAUCAACAUGCCCACGGACUUGCCAAAGCGCAUGGAUCUGGAACGGCACCGGCGUGUGGCCACCAGUCGUUUGGCCGCCGAGACCAGGGAUGACAUGGGACCAGGAUUCGUGCUGGAGAGGUUGCCCAUUAUCAUCAGUGAGUUGGAGUUUGCGUAUCCCGGCAAGUUGCCCAGAUCUUUUGGAGGGAGGAUGGAAAUGCCUCAGGGUCAAGUCCUCGCCGUGGCCGGCAAGUGCGGUCAGGGAAAGUCCACGUUGAUCAGGAUGCUGGCCGGGCGCAACCUGCCCAAGCUCUGCAGCGAGGACUCCCUGUUCUUCAUCCCGUCCCAUAUCAAGGUCCUCUAUGUGCCGCAUACGCCGCUCUUCAUCCACGGCACCCUCUACGAGAACUUGAUCUAUGGCGUCAGCGGAAAGAAAGGCCGAGAUGACAACAUGGACCGCGUGCUGAACAUCUGCGAGCGGCUCAUGUUGCCCCCGGUGGUGCUGAACGAGAUUAUGAAGCACGAAGUGAUCGAACACGAUUGGUCUUCGAAACUUUCUUCGACCCAGUGCCAGGCCUUACUCUUAGCUCGGGCCUUCAUCGCCAACCCAGAGCUGAUGUGCUUGGAGAAACCCACCGAGCAGUUCCCCAAAGAUCAAGCGGAGAAUAUCUGUGCGCUUCUGAAAGAACACGUGCAAGGACGAGGUUUGGAAGUGGAAGACGAAAAGAUGGCGCUGCGCAGGCCGCGGACCUGCAUCUUUUCGACCAUCCGUCUGAAGUGCAUCCACACAGCGGACACGGCGUACAUUGUGAAUCGUGAUGUGGGAAUACGGAUCAUGCCAGGAAAAGAUGUCACGGAAAGCCAUCUCGCCUUUCGUGAAUGAUCCGUGCUGCAACGAAGCGCUGGGAAAUCAAGUGGGACAAACAUGGGACAAACAUGGGAUAAACAUGGGGAAAUCCCCUUGUUUUAGAAGACUUUCUGCUGAGAGAUCUUUUACGCUGACAAAAAAAAUUACCGCUCCCUUGCCAGCGCAAUGUGCUGGCGGUAAGACACUGGCCCCUCUGACUGAGACGCAAGUCACUGCACGAACAUUAUCGCAGUUGGGAG